AUGACCUCGUUGCCCCCCACCCUCCUGGAACCCGAUGCCUCCAAAGCCGCCUUCCAGGACUUCCUUCCUGCCCCUCCGCCCCCACAUUCCCUUUCCCCAUACCCCGGUGGUCUGCAGCCCUCGUCCCCUGAGCCCCCCGAGGGGCCCUACCCGGGAGCUCCGCAGUCGUACGGCUGCGCGGCAGGUUACCCUUAUGUCAGCCCCGCAGCCCCCAGCGGCCCCCACCUGCCUUACCAGCAGCCCGGGACCGCCUCGCUGCAUCUCCGUGGCCCUGCCGUGAGUCUGCAGGCGGUGGCAGACCUGGAGAAGCCACUUGGGUUGCCACAGCCAGAGGGACUCCAGCUGAAUGGUAGGACCAAGAAGCUUCGAAAGCCCAGAACCAUCUAUUCCAGCCUACAGCUUCAACAUCUGAACCAGCGUUUCCGGCACACACAGUACCUGGCCCUUCCAGAGAGGGCUCAGUUAGCUGCCCAACUAGGCCUAACUCAGACUCAGGUGAAGAUCUGGUUUCAGAACAAACGUUCAAAAUAUAAGAAGAUCAUGAAGCAGGGGUCUGGCAGUCAAGAAGGGGAGCUUCUGGGGGCCCUCCCAGCCCUGUCCCCACCCCUCCCCUCACUGUGGGGGGGGUCCAGGACAUUGCCUCCUGGGGGCUAUGUCAGCAACUUUGGGACCUGGUACCAGCAGCAGCAUCCCCAAGAUGCUCUGACAGCACCCCAGAUGAUGUGA